AUGUCUAAAAGAAGUUUAGAUUCCUCUGCUGAUGAGAGAGUUGUUUCCGCAAGGACCGGCAGCCAAUCAGUUCCCAAGUCCUAUUCUACUGCUGAUGGGGAGCAGAUAUCAGAUAGUGGUAUGAUAGAAGAUUUGAGUGAUAACUUCGAAAGCGAUGAGGAUAUAAUUGAAAUUGAUGGUGAAGAUGACGAAGAUGAAGACGAAAUUACUGAUGAGAGUGCGUUUCUGCAAAAGAAAGAAGCCAAGGCUAAAGAAACAAUUGAGAAGGACAAUCAACAAGAAAAAGGUGGAGAAGAACUUUAUUUACCUCAUAUGUCGAGACCAUUAGGUCCUGAUGAAGUUUUAGAAGCCGACCCAACAGUAUACGAGAUGCUUCAUAAUGUGAAUAUGCCCUGGCCAUGUUUAUCUUUAGAUAUUAUUCCUGAUACAUUGGGUUCAGAACGUAGAAACUAUCCUCAAUCUAUUUUAAUGACAACUGCCACUCAAGCUUCUAAGAAGAAGGAAAAUGAACUGAUGGUUUUAAGUCUAUCUAACCUAACUAAAACAUUACUAAAAGAUGAAGAAGAGGAAGAAGAAGAAGAAGACGACGACGAUGUUGAACCAAUCAUCGAAAAUGAAAACAUUGCAUUAAGGGAUACAACAAAUAGAAUCAAGGUGUCUCCAUUCGCAUCACAAUCACAAGAGGUGUUGACUGCAACCAUGUCCGAAAAUGGUGAGGUCUACAUAUUUGAUAUAGGUGCACAAGCAAAAUGCUUCAAUAGUCCUGGCUACCAAAUUCCAAAACAAUCAAAAAGGCCCGUUCACACUAUCAGAAACCACGGUAAUGUUGAAGGCUAUGGUCUUGAUUGGUCACCUCUGAUUAAGUCUGGUGCUCUUCUAUCAGGUGAUUGUUCCGGUCAGAUCUAUUUAACCCAGAGACAUACAUCAAAAUGGGUCACCGAUAAGCAAGCAUACAGUGUCGGUAACAACAAAUCAAUAGAAGAUAUUCAGUGGUCAAAAACCGAAUCUACUGUUUUUGCAACUGCAGGAUGUGACGGUUACAUAAGAGUUUGGGACACCAGAUCUAAAAAACAUAAACCGGCUAUUUCAGUCAAGGCUUCAAAUACUGAUGUCAAUGUCAUCAGUUGGAAUGAAAAAAUCGGUUACCUGUUGGCAAGUGGUGAUGAUAAUGGCUCUUGGGGUGUCUGGGAUCUAAGGCAAUUUACACCUGAUAAUGCUGCUAACAUACAACCAGUUGCUCAAUACAACUUCCACAAGGGUGCUAUUACAUCGAUUGCUUUCAAUCCACUCGAAGAGUCCAUUGUAGCUGUAGGAUCAGAAGACAAUACUGUUACUUUAUGGGAUCUUUCUGUUGAAGCAGAUGACGAAGAGAUUAAACAACAGACCGAAGAAACUAAAGAGUUGAAGGAAAUUCCUCCACAGCUGUUGUUUGUACAUUGGCAGAAGGAGAUAAAGGAUGUGAAAUGGCACAAACAAAUUCCAGGUUGUCUAGUAAGUACUGGUACAGAUGGUCUAAAUAUAUGGAAGACCAUCAGUGUUUGA